AUUUCAGUCUCGAAGUCUCUCGUUCUUUCAUUGCUUCAGUCAAUGCAGCUUCAAAGUUGACCUCAGGUUUCUCUGUGAGAGAAAGAUCAGAUCAGUCACUGGAUCUCACCAUGUUCGAACUGGGUUGAAGAAUGUUCAGGUGAAUUUUGAGAACAACAGGAAUAGAGUCAUGAGCCAGAAGCCCAUUAUAAUGGACUACUAAUCAUGAUGGGGUCCAGAAUGAAUGGCCUGGAGUUUGGGGCUAUCAUAUGCAGCUGCUUUUUGCUGCUGCUUCCUUUGCCAUGUGUGCAACCCUCAUGUUCAAAAGAAACAAUGAGACCAGAGCUACAAAGUACAACUUUAACAGCUUCUCAACUGACCUUCAAUAGUGCCUUUAUGUCUCCAAUUGUAAACUCUUUCCUGGACUCUGUCCAGCCCAAUCCUUUCCCUAAAGAUUUGGUGGUUAGAAUGAUAAAAGACUUAAGUGUAAUCACACAAGGAGACACGGUUAAAGAGAUUUUGCGGUAUGAGAUAGGUUUUCUGGUCUGCGUGGCCAUUGGUAUCCUAUUCAUCAUCUUCAUGCCACUAAUUGGCCUAAUCUUUGCCUGCUGUCGUUGCUGUGGUAACUGCGGGGGACGCAUGUACCAGGAACAGACAGCGAACAUCCAUUGCAAGCGGAAAAGAUUUUAUUGGUCCACAUUUGUCAUCACUGCACUAAUUCUGGCUGGGAAUGUUUGCAUGUUCCUCAGCAGUACAUACACUUCAGAGACUGUGAUGCACAGCUCCAGUGAACUCACCAACAUAUUGGAAAAUGUCAAAGUCUAUCUUGCCUCUGUUCCAGUGCAAAUCCAACAAGUGGUGGAUGAGAGCUCAGUGACCGUGGAUAAAGUUAAAUAUAACUUAAAUGAAACUGGGCCCUUGAUUGGCAAAUUGAUCCAGAAUGGUCUUAAAGAUCCCCUCAGCCCAGCACUAAACUCCAUUAUGGAAAUAGCUCAAGUGAUAAACAGCACCAGUGUUGGAUUGUUACAGGUUAAUAUGACCUUGGAGCAGUUGAAACCAAAGGUGGAUGAGCUACAUGCUAAUUUAUCUGCAGUGUCGCAGCACAUUAAUACCACUCUGCACAUGUCAGAUUGUGUAAACUGCAUUUCCCUUCAGCCAGAACUGGACAAACUCUCUGUGGAUGCAAAUCUUGAUUUUCCUGAUCAGAAUGGCCUGAGGUCUGCUGUAAACAAGGCAGUUAUUCUUGACAUAACUGGACAAGCAAAUAAGGGGAGAGACUUUUUUGACAGCAUUCCACAGAAGGUGAGACUUGAGACCAGGCAAGGUGUGCUCGUGGCUCUAUUGGAGCUUGAGAAAUUAAAAAUCCAGAUCUCAGGCAUGUCUAAAGACCUUCCUCUUGGUCCCCUGAAGAAUAUCUCAAGCCCAUUAACUGACAUGCAGAGAUCUAUUUCAAAUUAUACUUCAUUGUUUGAGGAGUCAAGAAAAAUCAGCUGGGCUGUUGGAUUGAUUCUGAGCUGUGUGAUCUUGCUGGUGGUGGUAUGCAAUUUGCUGGGUCUGCUGCUGGGUCCAGUUGGUCUACAGCCCAAAGAUAACCCCACAGAACGUUCCUGCACAUCCAACUGUGGAGGAAUAUUUUUCAUGAUAGGAGUAGUUUUCAGCUUCCUGGUGUCCUGGAUCUGCAUGAUAGUAGUGUUGAUACUUUUCAUAGUAGGAGGGAAUACUUACAGCCUUGUCUGUAAACCAUGGGAGAACAAUGAACUCAUCAAGGUUGUUGAUUCUCCAGGGCUGAUUCAAGGGUUUGACCUGGCUAGGACUCUGAAUUUAAAGACAAACCUGACAAUUGCCAGUGUGUACAGUGAUUGCCAGAUGAAUAAGCCUUUAUGGACCACACUUCAUCUAAAUGAGCUUAUCGACCUAAAUAGUAUUUUAAAUGUUUCAAAGCACACAGAGCAGAUCUAUCGGACAUUCGAGCAGGUAAAAAUCAACAUUGCAAGUAUCUCAAUCCUCACUCCGGAGAUAAAGUCCCAGCUACGCGACUUCUCUGGCAGUGCCAGCACUUUGAAUUUCAGCAGCAUUAUGCAGCAGAUCACUAAUAUUUCAGAGACUAAUUUGAGCUCAGCUGCAGAGAGUUUGGAUGUAUUGGCUUCCAAACAGAGCAACCAAAUUAUCAGAAAUGAACUGCAUGGUGAAGCUAAAGAUCUGCAAGCCCUCCAGACUGGGAUUACUUCUACCAUUAUGCCCUUGCUGCUGGAACUGAACUCCACCAUUAAGAAUCUUAGUGGAAUAGCCUCACAAAUCAAUGCAACUGUGGAGAAUGUUCUCCUGAAAGUUGGCUAUGCUCAGGAUGUCCUGAACUACAACAUAUCACAAAUAGUGAAAAGUAUGAGCAGGACAUUCUUAGACUGUCAAUUGAAAAUUUUUCUGGCAUAUGUUCAAUGGGCAAAUCAAACGAUCACAGAGAGGGUGGGUCGCUGUGGGCCUGCAGUUGAAGCAAUAGAUAGAUCAGCAAAACUAGUCUGUGGUCAUUUUGUGGCUGCUUUGAAUUCCUUUUGGUUCAGUUUGGGCUGGUGUAUGCUAUUCCUCAUCCCCAGCAUAAUUUUCUCAGUUAAACUGGCCAAAUACUACCGCAGGUUGAAGUUUGCAGAUGUAUGAGAACAACCACAUCACAGUGAAUCUUUUUUCCAUGGCUCAACUCAAAUCUUCAUCAAUGAAAAAUGGGAAACAGCACAUAUUCAGUACUUAAAAUUGCACUCAGUGAUUCCUGAGAAACACUGUUGAUAUUCGAACUCAACUGCCAAAACAAACACACCCCUCCCUUCAGUGCUCCUUUGGAAGUGGAGGCCUCUUUCUCAUAGCUGAAGCAAAGUAAUAAUCGAAUACAUUAAUAAACAGCAGACAAGAAAGCACAAAAACAGCAUACAAAACACAGCAACUAGCGAGAGUUAGUUGUUUAGUUUGAUUUGACCACAGUGACCGAAGAGGGUGCUACAAAACAUGUCUUUUUAAAUCUUUGUGGCUAUAAAAUCCUUUGCAAAUGUUGUGCAGACAAAUACCAUUAGACAAUUAGAGCAAACAACAACACAGCAAGUAAAGUAAAUAACGUUAGCUAUGUAGUAGUGGCUGUGUCUCGUUUCGAAGGCUACGUGCUAGGUAGGACGCUUCCUUUGAAGGCUGCAGUAUACUAAGAAUCCUCCUUUAAACAAAUCUCAUUUAAACGAGAUGGCCUUCAUAGGACAAAUGAAAACAGAACGUAAUAUGGUUGCUAUGCCAGCACGCCACUCUUUAACAAGCGCUAGUGCUUUGAGUGAGAAGGGAACAAAGUCCCUUUAGAAUGGAAUGUAUGAGGUAAAUUUUAGGAGAGUUAUAAUGAUGUAAAGAGAAAAGAAAAUAGAUUUUACAGGUGUAGCCUACUUAUAGUCUAAUACUUUAUUUUAAUUAUAUAUUAAUAUAAUUAUACAUAAUUAUAAUUAAUACUAAAUCUAACAUCAUAACAACAGCAUAUAUAUAGGUUCUGUGAAACAUAGCAAAAUGUAUGGUACCCACCUACCGAGAGGAAAAAGAGCAACUUCUGCAUCUGUCUUCAAGUCUUUUACCUCUCGGAGGUCUCUCCACCGCUUAAAAGCCUCGCCGAUGUUGAUGCAGCUCCUAGCCCUCGACUUAUCAUAAUCCUUCUUGCUCUACCCCCACCCUCCAUCCUAUCCAUUUGAAUUUGACAAAAGUGUACUGGAUUAGAAUUACUGGCCUUUAAAUAGUUAAUAUUUAUAAAGACUGUAAAGUUGAACUUAUACACACUGACCAAGUGAUCAUUGAACAUUUACUCAAAACAAAUACACAUACACACCUACAUUUGAGAAUUUUCAAUACUAUUAUGUGUUUAGGUUUUUAUUAUAAGUAUUUUUCUGUACAGUACUGGCCUACAAUGGCAAAACACAGUGGACAACUUGGAAGCUGAGAAAAUUGCUUCAAACUUUAUGGUUUUAUUGUAGUUACUGCAAUUUUACACUGUAGUUUUCUCUGAAUCUUGGCAUAGGUGAGCCAAAUCCUGCAUUUGUGUAUGUGUAGUUACUGCAUUUCACCUUUGCUCUGUAAUGUAGACCAGGGUUUCUCAAGCAUUGGGUCGUGACCCAAAAGUGGGUCGCUGAUCAUUGUCUGCUGGGUCACGAGAUCUUUUCUGUCAUGAGUACAAAUGACCAGUGAGAAGGAUAGAACUGUACAUUUGCAGCGUUUGGGACAACAAUGACCUCUAUAGUCGAAUCGUGCUAAUAUCUCCUGGUAUGCGUAAACGACUUUAAGUCAGAGGCUGCAUUUCUCUUAUGUUAAUUAUUAGCUGUCAAAUCACAAUAAUCCAUAAAUGCUAUGAAUCUUUCUUUUUGGACAAGGUCUCUUUACGUAGUGUUCCAUGCGCAAGCUGCGCUACUCAACACGCCGUACGUGGGCAGAGGCGGAGAUAGGGGGUGAUCCGGGGUAGCCUUGGCCAUCAUGGACCGAAGCCUGGCCACCCCAUUGGCUACCCCACUCACAACUGUCGUUUUGGUCAUUUUUUUGUCUUGGGCACAAUUUAGUUAGUCUUUCUACACCAACGAUCAAACGAUAUUCGCAUGCGGCCCUCGAGCCAUCUUUUCAAUGAAUGUGGGAGAAAGUGGCUCUUUGACUAUUUAAAACCAAACCAUGAGAAAAUUGAACUGUUACAUCCCCAAUUUAGGCUUUUAUAUAGGCUUGUAUGAUCUUAAUUUCAUUAUAUAUAUAUAUAUAUAUAUAUAUAUAUAUAUAUAUAUAUAUAUAUAUAUGUAUAUA